UUCAGCCUGGAGGCAGCAGAGGACACACAAAGCGUCUAACUUUCCGGAAACUGAGACACGAGGCGAGGAAAACAUUUUCCACCGGCUCUUUCUCUUUGUCCAUCCUCCACCUCCCUGCUCAAGCAACGUCCACAGCAACACCAUGGCGACUGUUGUCGAUACAAAACUAUACGACAUUCUCGGAGUGUCUCCAUCCGCAACUGAAAAUGAGUUGAAAAAGGCAUACCGGAAACUGGCAAAAGAAUACCACCCUGACAAGAACCCAAAUGCUGGUGACAAGUUCAAAGAAAUCAGUUUUGCCUAUGAAGUGCUGACCAACCCUGAAAAGAAGGAACUUUAUGACCGCUAUGGAGAACAAGGCUUGCGGGAAGGAGGUGGGGGUGGCCCAGGGAUGGACGAUAUCUUCUCCCACAUCUUUGGCGGUGGACUCUUUGGAUUCAUGGGUGGCCAGGGGAGUCGCUCCAGGAAUGGAGGUCGGAGGAGAGGAGAGGACAUGGUCCAUCCACUCAAGGUGUCACUGGAUGACCUUUACAAUGGAAAAACAACUAAACUACAACUUAGCAAGAAUGUACUGUGUAGCACUUGUAAUGGGCAGGGGGGCAAGACGGGCGCUGUACAAAAAUGUACAACAUGUAGGGGGCGUGGAAUGCGCAUCAUGAUCAGACAGCUGGCCCCAGGCAUGGUCCAACAGAUGCAGUCUGUGUGCACUGAUUGUAAUGGAGAAGGUGAAGUUAUCAGUGAGAAAGACCGCUGUAAAAAAUGUGAGGGCAAGAAAGUCGUGAAGGAGGUGAAGAUUCUGGAGGUACACGUGGACAAAGGCAUGAAGCACGGCCAGAAAAUUACCUUUGGAGGGGAGGCUGACCAGGCACCUGGCAUCGAGCCUGGGGAUAUAGUCCUUGUCCUGCAGGAGAAAGAUAAUGAGACAUUCAGGCGAGAUGGCAAUGACCUGUUCAUGAACCACAAGAUUGGGUUGGUGGAGGCGCUGUGCGGCUUCCAAUUUAUGCUGAAACACUUAGACGGGAGACAGAUCGUUGUGAAGUACCCUGCUGGCAAAGUCAUUGAACCAGGCUCAGUCCGUGUGGUGCGAGGAGAGGGCAUGCCGCAGUACCGAAACCCUUUCGAGAAGGGAGAUCUGUAUGUAAAGUUUGAUGUCCAGUUCCCCGACAACAACUGGAUCAGCCCUGAGAAACUUGUGGAGCUGGAGGACAUGCUGCCCUCGCGGUCAGAGCCGCCCAUCAUCACCGGAGACACGGAGGAGGUUGACCUGCAGGAUUAUGACGUCAGCCAGAGCUCGACAUCGGGUAGCCGCAGAGAGGCCUACAACGACAGCUCCGACGAAGAGGGGGGCCACCAUGGGCCAGGGGUACAGUGUGCACACCAGUAGUCUCAUACUCACAUACACCCACUUUCUACUUGGGGAGAAAAUGUAUGAGUUGCAGAGUAAACAAGGAGGUAGGUCAGACUGUAAAGGGUCGGUAGUUCCUCAGACACAGAUCAAAUAGACAUAUUGAAUCAUGGCACCUGGAAUUGUUGAUUUAAUGUUAUUGACUUGUGUGCUGGGAUUAUUUUCAUCUUUGUCUGAGGAACUCGCACUGGGGCAGCCAAAGACUUAUUACACUGCACCUGAAACGGAUUUAGACACUUUAAACGGCAACUUCAGGUAGAAGUCAUUAAGUAUCUAAGAUGUAUCAAAACAAAUGGUUGCCCCAGUGAAUGCCAUGCAGGACUAUGAUCUGGUGUUCAAGGUGAACCCCUCACCCCUCUACUCCUUUUUAUCCCCUAUUAAAGUCCAUUCCCCUCCGUUUGUGGGAACUCCAGAUCAGUCGAAGAAAGGAAUGUUUCUUGUUUGCCGAGUGUGUGACUUGCAUUUUGUUUUCAUAGUAUUUACGAUGAUUAAUUUAAAAACUAACCAAUGUGCAUACACAGACAAAGCAGCUGAGCAAUGUGACGUGCAUAUCCUUGGACUCAUGUAUUCAUGGAUUCAUUCACUCAGCGCCAUUCGUAGGAUUUGUUUCUGAUUUUUACAGCUUUAUUUUCUUUCUAGGUUUUUACUUAUUUCAUUUCUUAUUUUAAUUCAAACUGAAAAUUGGUUAUUGUGUAUGUCAUUGAACUGGUUGUUGGUAAGCUUCAUCAGCGGCUGUAUUCAAAGCUGUGUGAUUUUAAAAAAAAAAAAAAAAAAAGAAGUGAAAUGACAAAAACGUUUCUCCUGUAUCUGUGCUGAGGCCAUGUGCAUGUAAAAAGCUUUGGUUCCUGCACUUAUAAAACAUCAAAUAAAGCAGCACACUUCUUAAGAAAAUGUCUAUGAAGUUGUUGAAUAAAUUGUUGAAAUAUCA